AUGUUUAAGUUUUAUUUCAAUAAACUGAAAUUCAGUCUUAAACUAGUAUACUUUUUAACUUUAGCGAUGACAUGUGUAAUGAAUUAUUUAAAUGCACCUGCUAUCAUUUGCUCAUUGUCUGAAUGUAAAAAUCCAAUAAAGACCGAUAUAUUAGCUAUGUUCUCUCGAUCUAUUGCCAUUGCAUGCUUCUUAUCCAGAAUUACGAAUAUAUAUAAAAGUAAGAAUGAUUUUCCGAACUACAAGAAAAAAGUUGAGAAGUAUGAACUUUACUUUCCAGAAAAUAGUUCUAAAAAAAAAUACCUUAAUGUAAUUGCUAUAGCUAUGAUAUUUGCGUACAUAAUUAUCAUAAUUCCCAUAAACAUAUUAAGGAUUUAUUUGAUUUAUGUUCAUUUUGGGAAAAUAAAUGUUAUGAUUUUUUAUACAAUGAUGUAUUUACAUAAUUGGAACAUUUGUUCCACAGAAAUACAUUUUGUUGUUCGUUGUAUUGGAUUAUACCAAAAAUUUCAAUCAAUCAAUGAAGAAAUGAUAACGCUGAAGUUAAAAACUAUAUUAAAAAACAAAUAUCCAGAUGUGUUACAAAGUGGAGGGCUCAGUAAUAAUAAUACUCUUGUUGAUUUGGAAACCCGUGGGGGUUCACUAUCUUCAAUACUCAUUGUCAAUAAACUAGCUAACCACGUUGAACUACUCAGAAUGAAGCAUCAAUUUGUCCGAGGUAUUGUUGUUGAACUCAAUGACUUAUAUGGCAUACAAUUAGGAUUGUCUAUAUGUCUGUUAUUUAUAAUGACAUUAUUCGAUAUUUAUGGUGAAUUGUCUGUUGAAUUUAACGUAACCAAAACGCACGUUCUACUUUACGGAUGGCUUCUACAAUAUUUUUUCAGAUUUUGUGUAAUUGUAUUGACAUCGCAUAUAACUACAACACAGGCACACAGACCAAAAAUGAUAAUAACUGAUAUAAAUAACCGUUAUAUAGAUAACAGUACAAAACAAGAGUUACAACUAUUUUUAAGUCAAUUGUCUAGUCGGCCAGUAGAAUUUACUAUUUGUGAUUUGUUUACAUUGAACAUCUGCCUUAUAACUUCUGCUUUUGUUGCUGGCACAACUUUUCUAGUCUUACUAUUACAAUUAUAUUGA